AUGGUUGACAAUAUCGGACUACGGGAGCUCGGAAAGCAGGAGAGGCAGCUGAAAAAUUCCAUCAAAGCCAUUGCAAAGUUUGUCAGUGAGUUCCAGAGGUCAACUCAGGAAAAUCAAAUCGACGUGAGGUUGGAAACGUUGGAGAAUGCCAUGAAAAGCUUCUAUAGUGUUCGUCGUAAGAUCGAAAUGGCAAUCGAUGAAACUGACGCAGAAGAAGAUGUGAAAGAAACCACAGAGGAGCGGAAGAAGCGUUUGGACAAAUUGGCAAUAAUACGCGUAGAUCAGUAUGAAGCAAUCAUCCGGGAAGUGGAAGAGCAGUAUUUCGCUACUAAAGCCGACUUGAUAUCUCUGAGAGCACUGAAGGUGGAAUCAAAAUUAGCUACAACAACUUCUAUUGCGGCAGGGCAUGGGAUGUCACGAGUGAAGCUGCCAGACAUCAAACUGCCUUCCUUCAGUGGCAAGAUAAAAGAGUGGGUGACUUUUAGAGACACGUUUCGCAGCUUAAUCCACAAUAAUGUUCAGCUUACAGCCAUUGAUAAAUUCACCUAUUUGCGGUCAUCUGUCUUCGGUGAUGCACUGCAAGAGGUUAGUUCGGUAGAUCUUUCCGGUGAUAACUAUGAGGUAGCAUGGAAGGCUCUAGAGAAAAAAUAUGAAAAUAAGAAGCUCAUUGUCAAAGCACAUUUGGACGCUAUCUUUGCAGUGGAGCCUGUAAGGCGAGAAAAUUUCGAAGCAUUGAAUCAUCUGAUCAAUGAAUUCGACAGGAAUCUACAAAUGUUGAAUAAGAUCGGAGAAAACACAGCGAAUUGGUCAACGAUUCUCGCGCAUUCGCUAUGCUCUCGUCUGGAUGUGACCACUCUUCGACUGUGGGAAUCGCACCACAAUUCCAAGGACGUGCCUAGGUAUGACGAGCUAAUUGAGUUCCUUAGAGACCAUUGCCUUGUGCUGCAGUCUAUAGCGCCAAGUAAAUCGACUGAUUCCACUCAGAGACGAGAAAGGUCCACAGUUGUACACACAUCCUCGGAGUCGUCAAGAAAGUGUUUGUUUUGUGCGGAACCGUAUCAUCUUCCGUUCAAGUGUUACAAAUUCAAAGGCCUGUCAGUCGCUCAGCGUGUGGAAGAGACCAAUCGGAAGCGCUUGUGUCGCAAUUGCUUGUCUGCGGGACAUUAUGCUGAAGGAUGCUCCAGAGGUUCCUGUACAAAGUGCAGCAGAAAGCAUCACACUAUGCUGCAUUUUGAGAACGCACCAUCGAGUUUCCGUGCGUCUAAAACAUCCGUUCCACAAACGCAAGAUCAAACUCAGGUAGCAGGACAGUCACAGCCACACUUAAGCCAAGCUACAUCAAAAAGUCAAACACAAACACCCAUUCAACCAGCCACACAAACCACAAACUCCUAUCCCGUGAUCCAAGCAAGCUCUCAGCACAUUCCCCCACACCCCACCACAAAUUUACACGCCACUGUUACACUAAAAGCUGUAAAGCAAUCAGAAACCAUGCAAUCUUCCCCUCGACAAGUGCUAAUGUCAACCGCAAUAGUUCGAGUACAAGACCGAUUCGGCAAUAUUUCCUUUGCUCGUACACUCUUGGACUCCUGUUCGGAAUUCUGCUACGUUACGUCAACCUUCUCGAAGAAGCUCAAGCUUCGGGAAACGCCAGUGUACCUGAAGGUACAAGGAAUCGGGUGCGGUAGUGUCACAUCGACAAGGUUGGUGGCAGCAAGAAUCCAGCCAAGAGUUCCAGCAAUCUCAGCGUUCGAAGAAGAUAUGCAGUUCUACGUUUUGCCGAAGAUCACCCGUGCGUUGCCGAUUAGUCCAGUGAAAGUGAGCCGAUUGAAGAUCCCAACCGACAUUGUGCUAGCAGACCCUAGUUUCGGCGAACCUGGCCCCAUCGAUAUGAUUAUCGGAGCCGAGUUCUAUCUGGACCUUCUUGCUGCGGGAAGUAUGAAGCUCUCUGACGAUGGUCCAACCCUACAAGAAACAGUCUUUGGCUGGAUCGUGUCCGGCCGUACAUCUCCAAUUCCUGAGAAUAUCCCAGAAACAUCAACAUUCGUUAGUACAAUGGUAGAUCUACAAGAACUUCUAGCGAGAUUCUGGGAACUAGAGACAUGUCACGUCAACAGCACAUUGUCCAUUGAGGAAACAGCGUGUGAAGAAUUCUUCAACAAAACGACGUCUAGAAAUAAAGACGGUAGAUUUGUGGUAGCAUUGCCUAGGAAGGAACACAUCAUGGAGAAACUGGGAGACCCCAAAAAAUUGCCCUCAAACGGUUCUUGA